AUGGGUUCAAUCUCUGUAUCCAAUUCUCUGCCCAUAACGCGACUUCCACUACUUACAUCACUCAGUCAAUCCCUUCUUCCCACUUCUUCAUCCUUCUCACUUCCUCCUCUCUCUAACCGUCGUCGUCGCUCCACUUAUUCAUUGCGAAUCUCCGCCUCUGCAGUCUUCUCAGCUCCUGCAGGCGUUAAUGACUCCCUUCCGGCAAGAAACGAGGGUUACACAGUUGGGGAUUUCAUGACAGGGAGACAGCAUCUGCAUGUUGUUAAGCCCUCAACUUCUGUCGAUGAUGCGUUGGAACUUCUGGUUGAGAAGAAAGUCACUGGAUUGCCUGUAAUUGAUGAUGAUUGGAACCUGGUUGGUGUUGUUUCCGAUUACGACUUGCUUGCACUCGAUUCCAUCUCUGGUCGCUGCGAAAAUGAAACCAACUUGUUCCCUAACGUCGACAGUACCUGGAAAACGUUUAAUGAACUCCAGAAACUGAUAAGUAAGACACAUGGAAAAGUGGUUGGAGACUUGAUGACGCCUUCUCCUCUUGUUGUCCGUGGUUCCACCAAUUUAGAAGAUGCAGCCAGGUUGCUUCUAGAAACAAAGUUCCGAAGAUUACCAGUCGUGGAUUCAGAUGGAAAACUGAUUGGGAUACUUACCAGGGGGAACGUAGUAAGAGCUGCACUGCAGAUCAAGCGGGAAACAGAGAACUCAACAUAGCUAGAGAGAGCAGCAGAUGUUAUAGAGAGCAGAUAUUCCAGUUAAAUAUCAAAUCUGUUCAUUCCCAUUCAUAACAGUAUAUAUAAUGUGUACCCAAACUCAGUCAGAAUCCAAGUCAUUUUUGUGUAGGAGAGGGCAAAGUCUAUUCUCUAGUCUUAUAACCACCACCAAACACAAACUAGCAAACAGAACUUGAACUACUACUUCACAUGAAUUUG